AUGGCUCCUCCGGGUAAAUGUUGCGAAGACCCGAACCAUCAACACGAUGACCCUGAACUGGGCAUUCAAUACAGUUUGUACAAGAAAAUCAACAUCAAUGAUUUGGUGUGCCUGAAUGAAUCAGUCGAGGGAUCAGGAAGAAGUAUUUUUAAAGCUUGGGAGAAUAGAAAAGAUAGAAAUACUUUUGUGGAAUCAGACGCAGACGAAGAAUUACUAUUCAACAUCCCAUUCACAGGAAAUGUUAAACUCAAAGGCAUUAUAAUUAUUGGGGAUAGCUCAGAAUCACAUCCUUCCAAAAUGAGAUUAUACAAAAACCGAGAAUCUAUGACAUUUGAUGAUGUUUCUUCAACAGCAGACCAAGAGUUUCACCUACAAAAAGACACUGAAGGUGUGCUGGAAGUAGUGACUUUUAACAACGUCAACCAUCUCUCAAUUCACUUUCCAACCAAUUUUGGUGAUGAGCAUACCACAAUUUAUUACAUAGGCUUGAGAGGCGAAUACUUUGAAGCCCACCGUCACGGAGUUACAAUUUGUAACUAUGAAUUAAGGCCUAAUAUGUCUGACCAUAAAAAUCCUUUAGAUGAAGCUGUUAACUCUCAUAUUUCUUGA